AUGCUUAUCCGUCCCAACCAUGUGUCUUGCUGGCGGGCAGGUUUGUUCGCGGGACUAUGUUCCAUCAUCGCUCUUUACAUCUUCUUUGCACGAGGUCACAUCUCAACCCUCCAACCAUUUCUGUCCGCCGGCUCUGCCUUUUCUGCGGACUACCAGACUAACCUCAUCCCCUACUGGAAAGAGCUCGCGAGUUCCCUCGAAGCCGCGCGCCCAGUAUGUCCUCCCAUCAACGUCACGACCGAGGAAAUGCCCAAUGAGGAUAGAAACUUUGAACCGCUCAAGAAGAAAGAGAGACCGGAACGAUUGUUUCUGCCGGCAGAAGAUGAGGCGGAGCUGAUGCGUGCACAUCGCAGUAUGCGCGUCGCAGCCCGACGCCUAGCACCGCUAUUACCAGUUGGAGAUGAGACCGGUAUCGUCACGACUGGCGGAUUGAAAUUAUUCCCUGUCUUACUUGUAUCUCUACGCAUGCUUCGGCGGACAGGAUGUACGUUACCGGUUCAAGUUUUCCUCGGUGAUCAAAAAGAGUAUGAAGAAGUAAAAAGUACAUGCGAGGAUGUGCUACCAAGUUUAAAUGCAAAGUGUCACGUCGUUGAAGAUGUCUAUUCGACAGCGGAUGUUGCUAUCGCGCCGCCAGAGCACUUUCAAUUCAAAAUCCUCGCCAUUCUCUUCUCGUCAUUUAGACAUGUUCUUUUUCUCGACGCGGAUGCAUUUCCGGUACACGACCCAACACCUCUCUUCAAUUCCCCACCAUACACAACCCACGGCCUCGUAACGUGGCCCGGAUUCUUCGCCAAUACCGCAUCCCCACACUACUACCACAUCGCAGGCAUCGCCGUACCGCCACCAAACCGCGGCACCGAAUCAGGCCAACUACUACUGGACAAGAAGCACCAUGCUGAAAGUAUUCCCAUGAUGGUAUAUUACAACUACUUCGGCCCGGACUACUACUAUCCUUUACAAUCGCAGAACGGCCCGGGGCAAGGCGAUAAAGAGACGUUUAGCGCUGCUGCCGUGGCAGUGAAUGCGCCUUUUUACGGGGUGAAAACCCCCGUGUCAGCCCUAGGGAAUCAUGUCAAUGGACAGUAUAUAUUCGCUGGAGCUGGCCAAGCAGAUCCCAUGCAAGAUUAUCUCUAUGACCCUCCUUAUCCAAACCACAUACAACCCGAAUACGAACGAAAUGAGGAGAAGAACCAAGUUAGAGCCUUUUUCGUGCAUACAGUGUCUCCGGAAACGAAACUCAAUCCGCUGAAGCUUUUGCGCGAGGGCGGCGUGGCAUGGGAUGCAAAUGGGGAUUGGCAUAGGAUAUGGGGGAAGGAGAAGAACGUAGUGGAAAAAUUUGGGUACGAUGUGGAGAAAAGAAUGUGGGAGUGCGUGGAGGAGGAAGCGUGCAGGACGGAUCAGGAUGUGUGUAUGGAAGUCAAGGCUUUCUAUGCGAAGGUGUUUGGGACGAUGCCGGCAAGAUAG